AGCGUGCUGUUCUUCAAUGACACUCCGUUCGUCCUGACGUGCGGGUUAUCAAACGUGGAGCCGGUCAUGUCUGUGUGUUCUGUGCUGAAAGCGGUCAGAUCGGAUCUGAGAAAGGUCUGUUUGGCUCAGCCAGUCCAGUCUGUCCACUCGGGCUGUCCCUUGCUGGCCACGGAAAAGGCUCUGCUGGUCAAACUGCGCAAGGUGACCGGAUACUCCUUCGUCAACUGCAAGAAGGCUCUGGAAAAGUUCGAUGGCGACUUUGCGCAGGCAGAGAGCUGGCUCCAUGAACAGGCACAGAAGGAGGGCUGGAGCAAGGCCAACAAGCUACAGGGUCGCCGCACCUCGCAGGGUCUGAUCGGGCAGCUGCUGGGCGACCGCACCGCCGUCAUGGUGGAGGUGAACUGCGAGACGGACUUCGUCGCCCGAAACGAGACAUUCCAGCAGCUGGUGCACAGAGUGGCUCUGGCCACCAUGGGGCGUCACCAGAGCACAGCGGGGAGCGGAUCUGGCUACACCAAGGUGUGCACCUCCUCGGGGGGGGGGGGGGGUGGGGAAGGGGAUUUCACUGAGAAACACAAAUCCCACUGGGGGAGAAAAGCCACUGUGGGAAAUCAUGGCCACUGCAGCUGUGGCUGGUGUGUGCCAGGCGGGCAGUUCAGCUGGCUCCCAGGAGAAAUUCCGGUGGAUUUCUGUAUCGCCCGUCGUGCGGCCCGGUGUUUGAGAUACGAGUGGAUGGCGUGUGGCUCGUUCUCUCUGUGUGCAGCUGUAUGGGGGCUCCUGGUGCUAGAAAUCUCUCAUUCUGAGCGCACAGGGCUGUGUUCUCUGCCGGGGGGGAUAUGGGAAUUCUGGGAUUCGAUCACAGUGGUGGGCGAGGCACCGGAGACGCUGGGCACGCCCGAGGACCUGCCCGGCGGUGGGGACACCGAGACGCGGCUGCUGGCGCAGAGCUUGCUGUCCCAGCCGGACCGCACCGUGGGCCAGUACCUGCAGGAGAACGGCGCCCACGUCCUGGACUUCGUCCGCUUCGAGUGCGGGGAGGCUAAGCCCUAGAGCGCCCCCUGCUGGGCGCCCUGAGGGAUAAAGACCUCGACUGGUGGGUAAAAGUGACUGCCAGCACCUCCGCUCUGCAGAAGCCAGACCCUUUGUAACUGAAUCGCUGAAAUAAAGACGACUGUCAUUCCUCUGAAGUAACUUCUGAAUAAAGAGCAAAGGAAAUCCA